ACAGCUGAUUCUUGGAACCUCUUUUCGUUUUGUUUAUAUUGAUGGUUUAGUAAAAAUAUAUAUCCCGCCAUGUCCGAUUCAUCACUAAAGCCACCAACUAGCAAUGCACCACUGCGACCGCCGCAGGUAAAAGCACUCGCCUCCUCUGGCGGACUCCAGUUACCUCAGACAGCGCAACAGAAGCUAAAUUCAAGCGCCUCCUCCUCUGCAUCUGGAUCCGCCACCGGAAAUCCCCGCAACAAGUGCGCCCUGAAGCCGGGCUACUCGCUAAUGAACUGGAUUCGGUUGUGCAAUUCGGGAGCCGAUCUCUCUGGCACCGGUGGACGUGUUGUACCCGUAACUAAGAACGAGUUGGCGCUCCACAACAAGGUCACCGAUGGCUGGAUGGCUAUUCGCGGUCGGGUGUUCAAUGUCACCCGGUACAUGGACUUUCAUCCUGGUGGCGUGGAUGAGCUUAUGCGUGGUGUUGGUCGGGAUGCCACCAAGCUAUUCGACGAAGUGCACGCCUGGGUCAACUAUCCACAGCUGCUGGGAAAAUGCUACAUAGGGCCACUGAAGGAGAAUCCCGUGAAAGUCUCCAAGGAUACUGCCGAUUUUCCUUUGCCAGCUCCAAUCUCAAAACCUGCAGAGAUUGUUCCCCGCUUCGAUUGGAUUCAGAAGAGUAGCGAGCUAACCCUAAUCUUCUACACAAGGAGUUUCGCCAAUCCAGGAUUGUUGCUGAGGAGAAGAAACACCAAAGAGCUGGUGGUUCGAGUCCUGGUGGAGCAUAAAUGGCAUGUUUUUGACUUUCAGCUGAAAGACAAGGUGGAGUGGCUUCCUAAAACCGUGAAAAUUGGCGCGGAAACGGGCAAAAUAGAGAUAGUUUUGGGGAAGGAAGAGUCAGCUCCAUGGACCAACUAUGGCAGUCACACAUCCAGUAAGCUGGAUUCCCCAACUCUCGAGGAAGAAUCCUAUGAAUAUGAAGUCACUCGGACUAAAGAAUUCAACGACGAUUCCUUCGAACUAAGCCUUCAAAGCAAUCAGCGGGAGGUGCUGAUGGUCCCUCCAGUGGGAUACCAUGUAUCUCUGGAGGCCCCUUUAGAUGGAGGAGUAGUACAAAGAAGCUAUACACCGGUGGAAAGUUCGCUUCUUGGCCUGGAAGCAAACCCGCCUGAAGGCUUGCACUUUUUAGUCAAACGAUACCCGAAUGGUCCCAUGUCCAGUCACCUGCACCAGCUGUCAGUGGGCUCCCGUGUCCAGCUCACUCCUCCCCGUGGUGGCUUCCUGCUGUCCGAAUUAACUGGCCAUCGAAACAUUCUACUCUUGGCAGCUGGGAGUGGGUUAACGCCCAUCCUAAGCCUCCUUCAGCCAAUUCUAAAACGGAAUACGAAUCGCAUAGAAAGCCUGCUGUUGUUCUAUUUCAACAAAACCAAGGAGGACAUUUGGUUGAAAGAGAAACUUGAAGAGCUCCAUUCCCAGGACGAGCGAUUCAGCUGCACCCACUUUCUCUCCCAGGCCGAAGACCAACCGCAACGAAUUACCACCGAGCUCUUGGCUCCCCUGUUCCAGGAGAAGCAGCCCGACCGAUGUACUUAUGUGGCGAUAUGUGGACCAAGUAGCUUUAACACAGCUGCAGAGGACAUCCUAACCGAGCUGAAGGUGAAACCCAACCAGAUCCAUGUAUUCCGCGGCUAACAAGAGGAAUCAACUAUUUUUUAUGCAAUCUUCUUCAGUUUUAUUUACUCUACAAGCAAAUGUUUUCGACUUUUGUUAUUUUUUAUUGUUUUUUUUUUACAUGUUUUUUCGUUUUUAAUAAUUUAAUAAGUUUAACAAAUACUAGAAAAUUGUUGGAUUUGUUUUCGUUUACUUGUUAACAGACUCCAUCGUCAAACAGACAAAUCGCCUCAACGCUCACACACAUUUUUCGCUUAUUUAAGUGUAAUUAAUGGACAACCGAUAAGUAGUAGCCAAGUGGAGGGCAGCAUACAAAAAGUAAAAUAAAUAGAAACA